AUGACGCGCUUCGCCCUUUCAUGGCUUUCUGCCGCCGUUCUCCUCGUCUCCAGUAGUCUAGUCAGAGCCGAGGACUGCCAGUGUUCGCCGGAGACCCAAAGGGUUACUUAUAUCGUGGUUGAGAUGCCCGAUCCCCAAUCGACUCAGUCUUCUUUUUUAUCUACUCCCACGCCUGUUUUCUCCAAGCUUAAUGUCAAGCCCACUGCAACCGCGCAUACUGUGCCGACGAAGCCUACCGAUUUCCCUACUGAGGGUCCUUUUAUCGAGCCUCCCAAGCCCGACACUCACCCUGACAACACAACGCACACUUUUGGCCCCUGCUCGGCUCCAGGCAUCGACCGCAGCGACCCUAUCAACAUUGUGCCUGCGCAGAAUGUUUCGCUCUACUAUUCGUCCUCGGAUGAGGAGGAGCCGGGCUUCAUCGGCAUGAACCUGACCAUGAACAACCCUACUGUCGUUCUGGAACACAUUGAUUCUAUCAGCAACGUCAUCUGCAACAACCUUACAGUCACAGUUUUGUUUGAGAAUCUCGAAGGGUUCAACGAGGCUGUUAAGGACUGGAGCGACGAUGAGGCAUUUGUCCUCAUCACCAACCACAUGGGUAACUGCAACGCAGCCCUUGAGCGCGGCUUCUUCCUCGCGUCCGGCGUGUCAUCCAAUGCUGAAAAGCUGGCUGUCACUGUUAAGGCAUCCAGGAAGGAACUUGCCAGCAUCGCAGAAUCUUGCGAGAUGGCCUUCACAUCUCUCCCUGCCGCAUCUCUAACCCGACGUCUCGUUCUGGACCCCAGCAUCUCGCUUAGCUUCGCAGAGGGUCUGCCUGAGAACACUGUGCUCUUCUCUGACGGUCAGUACAUUGACGUCACUGCCGAAGAGGCCUGGUUCCAGUCCACCAUCACGUUCUCGGGAUACCUCAAGUACAACUUCUGGAGAUUCCGCCUUGAGCACCUUUACUUUGAUCUUGAUGCCAACUUUGCUUCCUCCGCCGCUGUCUCGGCCGAAAUCAGAGCAUCCUUUGCCGAGACCAUCCGCUACUCACCGGAUGUUCUAGCGUGGUCUCUCGUCGAGGUUCCCGGCAUCGUCUCUCUCGGCCCAGGUAUUGCAUUUGGCCUCGCUCUUGACGUUGAGGCCACUGCGGCCGUCGGUCUUCAUGCUGGUGUCGACGUCAACAUUCCCGCCGGCAACGUGCAUGUCGACCUUCUCGACGGCUCCAAGUCCGGCACUUCUGGCUGGGAGCCUCAAUACAACAGCUACGCCAACAUCUCCCAGGCUGCCGAUGUGCGCCUCGAUGUUGGUGCCGAUGUCACAGUCCAGCUGGCCUUCAAGCUUCUCGGUGGCCUCGUCGACCUGUCCAGCGCGUCACCGCUUCGCCUGGCAUUGCCAACAAGUUCAAGCUGCGCGGUGAACAGGAUGCCUGGGUCGGAGGCACAGGACGGUCUCGUAUGCGCCGAGACGAACGGUGUUGAGUUUGCGUCGGACUUUUACUUCAACGUUUCGGCGUUCGCGACCAAGUUCUGGCAGCGGGAUCUGUACAAUGUCAGGGUGCCAUUGUGGGAUGUUUGCUACAGCUUCUGA